AUUUUACCAAUAUCAGGUGAAGGCCACAGUCUGAAUCGGCAGAUUUGCAUUUUUACGCCUUCCUAAUGAUAGUUUAGUAGAAAUUUUGACUUAUAAUCUAAGAAGAGUAUUUAGCUUAGUUGAAUUUUAAAAAUUGGGCUAUUGUCAGAAAGCAGUAAAAAUUAUUUUAGAUUUUUUUAGUCAUCUAAUUUCCGCUUGAUGAUGAAUUCACUAGAAGGAAAGCUGUUAAAAUGGACCAAUUACAUAAAUGGUGAGAUAAUAUUGUAUAAUAUUUUAUUAUAAUUAUUUUGUUUUAUUAAUGUAUUGUAAAAUCUAAUGAUAAGUCUUAUAUAAUCUAGUAGUAAUAAUUAGCUCUAUCAAACUGUUAAGAAUUCUGACACAAUCAUCAGAUUUACGGGCUCUAUAACUAAAUUUUAUCUAGAGCUUUACAAGGUCUUUUAUAAUUGAUAACAAAUAUCUUUGAAUGCACUCUACAAAGAUUUAUUUAGGUUAUCGCGAUAGUUUAAACUGUGAGCUUUCAUUUUCGAUACAUUCUUAUUGAAAACUCUAAUCAAUAAGAUAAACUUGAACAGAUUCUGUCAGAUAUUUGUAAGAUUUUCUGAACAAUUCAAAAUAAAAAAAGAAUAAACACGAGUAAUAAUUGACAUAAAAAAAGCAUCAAGUACUAAAUACUAUAUAUAAAUACAGUAUUGUAACUUAUAGAGUAUAAACUAUAUACUAAAUAAAGUUCAUAUAGACUUAUUAUUCAAUCAAUAGCCGCUAUGUUUGAUAAGUAUGGAACAGAUGUUUGUGUUUUAACAAUUCUGCAAAAUUGCUUCCGCUGGCAGCCCAGAUGGUUCGUUCUAAAAGGAGGCAUAUUGUCUUAUUACCAUUCUCGAGAUGAUAUUAAUCUGGGAUGCAGGGGAGCUCUCAAAGUAUCAGCUUGUGACGUAUCACCACAUUCCAAAGAUCAGCUACGGUUGGAUAUCACCAUUCCAGGGGAAGCUUAUUUGUAUGUUAGAGCAGCUGACGCAAAAGAAAAACAAAAAUGGUUAGUGGCGUUGGGAAGUUCAAAAGCCAAUGCAGACAGCCAAGCAAAUGUUCCUAACCCAAUUGAAGAAGAUGAAAAGAUAAAAGGCAAAAAAUCAGAACUAAAGUUCUAUUGCGAUCUUUUAAUAGAGCAAGCAUAUAGAAUAAGAGAUUCUUCGGCGCCUAUCAGUAAUAAUCAUAAUACGGAAACAAAUGAAGAUCGCGAGAAUGAUUUGGACGAAAUGGCCAGAACGUUAAAUGUUACUUGCGAUAAUUUUGUAGCAACAUUGGACGAAAUAAUGAAAUUGGCAACAACCAAAAGAGGAGGAAAAAAGUAUUCUACACCGAAGAAAACAAGAUCACCAUCGGGCAAUGAACAUUUGUUAAAAAUAUCACCAUCAACAGAAUCAAGUAGGGGAUACGACCAACCUCAUUCGUCCACUAAUGAUAGGCCUAGUGAUACUGAAUCUUUAUCGAGCGAUAAAGGUUGUAGCAGUGGAACGUUCUUUUCAGAAGUUAAUAAGAAGUUGGGAAAGAUCAUUGAGGGAAAUCUAGUGAUCACGAAGCAUUUUUUAGAUAUUUGCGAUGAGACACUAAACUUAUACGAUAAAUUAAAUCCCUCAACAUUCACACCGAUAAAAAUGGAAGUUUCUGGAAAUAUUGAGAAAAUUCGUGAGAAAUAUUCUACGGAUCCAUUAAAUUUUGAAAGCAUUCAGAGUAUGAUCGAAAAAGAAAUUGCGGCUAAACAAGCUAAACUGCAAAAUUCCGCAACAGAAGCCAUUAUUUUUGUGACUCGUUCGUUACAUUUUCUGCAGCUUUUUACAAACGAGAUAACCGUCAACGACAGCCAUUUUAGUGCUCAAAGGGCUUACGUAUUAGCAUUAAAACCAUAUCACGGUUUAGUAGCUCGACAAGUUUAUUCCGUAGCCAUAAAUAGUGUAGUUAAUAAAAGGGAAUUCAAUAAUAGUAUAAUUUAUGGAGAUGAAUCAAAAGUUGGUGACUUAUUGAACGACACUCUGAAAUACUUUUCAACAAAUGUCGCUGUGAUUGUAAAAAACCUGUAUAGCUUUUUCGAAGAAAAGAAACUUUAUGAAACUGUCGGCAUUCAAUAA